GUGGAUGUAUGGCUGAGACUGCGCCUCGGGUACUUGCCAACGAGUUGCAUGUAUAUCAAGGCUGUCAGAACCAAGACCUAUUAGACCGUUCACAAAGUUGCGCGAGUGAUGACUCUUGUUUAUUCGCAUAACUUCAUGAACGUGCAUUGCAGGAUCACUCCCAAAGAUAUGCCGAGGUUUGUGUCAGCUAUUGCCUGGCCUUGGCCAGGUUAUCGUCACGUAGUGUUCAUGAUUCGUAGUUUGUUCUUCAUCAUCGUGCAGGGCGUAUGUGGUGCCUUCAAUUCCAAGCGUGCACCUCUGUAGUAAUACAAGCUUCAAAUCUGAUAGAGUGAUCCCAGCUCCACAUGGAGGGAAUCUUG